UCAAAUAGUUGAAAUAUAUUGUAUUGGCUUUUAGAUAUCUUUUAACAUUCAACAAUUUAUCACAGUUUGCUUCAAAAUGAAAUUUAGACGAGCCUUGGCCUUGAGUCUAAUCAUUGCAUUGCUCCUAAUUUGGAUAUUAGUAUGGAAAGAUCCUCCACAGUCUGGUAAUUACUCUCCAAGCACAGCUUUCAUUGAUGCAACAAGAAAUUUUCACAAGCCAUCAACACUACCAAGGGCUUUUGUUCCUGGCAUACUUAAGUCUUCUCCUAAGCUACAUAAUUAUUAUAUAAAUACCACAGUCUCAUUACAAGAAGUCAAUGUCUAUAUUAAGGAAUUCCAUCAAGAACAACGUGUGCCAAAAAAUGACCGGCAGAAGAUUGUACUUUGUGUCGUCUGCUGUGGAAGAGAACGCAUCAAUGAAACUCAAACAGCCCUCAAGUCAGCAAUUCUGUUCUCCUCGUCUCCUCUCCAGCUGAUAGUCUUCACAGAACUGCAGUACUUCAAUGCCUUCAUUAAUAUGAGAACUGCCUGGCCUGCUGAAACUCAAGCUCGUGUUACUCUUUCUUUGCAAGAAGUACACUAUCCUGAAUUUGUUAAAGAAAAUGAUUGGCGAAAUCUCUUCAGAGAAUGUGCAUCACUACGGCUCUUUUUACCUACUCUUUUGCCAGAGGUGGAAUCAGUUUUGUACAUAGACACGGACGUGUUGUUUGUGUCGCCUGUGGAGGCGGUGUGGCACAACUUUCUCAUGAUGAACAAAACACAACUAGCAGCGGUCACUCCUGAGCACCAGGACAGCAGUGCUGGCUGGUACAACAGAUUUGCCAAGCAUCCUUAUUAUGGGAAACUUGGCAUCAAUUCUGGAGUGAUGCUGAUGCAGUUGGCGCGCAUGCGGACCUUUGGCUGGGAGGACCACAUUGUCCCUCUCAGACAACAGUACAAACAACACAUCAGAUGGGGGGACCAGGAUCUGAUUAAUAUUCUCUUUCAUUUCCAUCCAGAGUUGGUUUAUGUGCUCGACUGCUCAUACAAUUUCCGGCCUGACCACUGCAUGUAUGGCAGCGUAUGCAAACCUGCCAGCAAGACGGGGGCUAAACUCAUCCAUGCCAGCCGCCGAGCUGCCUUCACUGACAAGUUUCCGCCGUUCCAAGAAGUUUACAACACCAUUGCUAUGUUCCGGCUGGGGGAAGACACUUUGGUGGAUGGGUUAUAUGAGCGCACCAAGUCAAGACUGCGAGCUCUGCCUGCAGGACGCUGCAGUCAAGACACUUCUGUGUACACGCGCCAAAUGCAGCUCUACAGCGCCCUCAACUGACCGAAUAAUACACCUUAAUGUUUAACAAAUAACUCAUACUGUAGUAUGAUUGUGACACUUCUGUGUACACGCGCCAAAUGCAGCUCUACAGCGCCCUCAACUGACCGAAUAAUACAUCUGUGUACACGCGCCAAAUGCAGCUCUACAGCGCCCUCAACUGACUGAAUAAUACAUCUGUGUACACGCGCCAAUGCAGCUCAACAGCGCCCUCAACUGACCGAAUAAUACAUCUGUGUACACGCGCCAAUGCAGCUCAACAGCGCCCUCAACUGACCGAAUAAAACAACUUAUGUUUAACAAAUA